AACACAGAGCUUCUUGUCUGACCAGCGCUAGCAACUAAUUACGAGCUAGUAGCUAGUAAGACAACGACGAUGGCGUCCAUGAUCGCCGGCUCGUCCAAGGUGGUGGUUGCACUGAUCUUCUCCCUCCUUGUCUCGUAUGGCUCGUGCGCUAGGCCGCCGCCGGUGAACCUUAACGCCUCUGCCUUCACCGCCGACUCCAACUGGGAGGCUGCCAGGGCCACCUGGUACGGCGCGCCCACCGGCGCCGGCCCCGACGACGAUGGUGGCGCCUGCGGGUUCAAGAACGUCAACCUGCCGCCGUUCUCGUCCAUGACGUCGUGCGGCAACGAGCCCCUGUUCAAGGACGGCAAGGGCUGCGGCUCCUGCUACCAGAUUCGAUGCACUAACCACGCUGCGUGCUCCGGCAACCCGGAGACGGUGAUCAUCACCGACAUGAACUACUACCCGGUGUCCAAGUACCACUUCGACCUCAGCGGCACGGCGUUCGGCGCCAUGGCCAAGCCCGGCCGCAACGACGAGCUCCGCCACGCCGGCAUCAUCGACAUCCAGUUCAAGAGGGUGCCCUGCGACUACCCCGGGCAGAAGGUGACCUUCCACGUGGAGGAGGGCUCGAACCCUGUCUACUUCGCGGUGCUCGUCGAGUUCGAGGACGGCGACGGCGACGCUGUGCAGGUGGACCUCAUGGAGGCCAGCUCCGGGUCGUGGACGCCGAUGCGCGAGUCCUGGGGAUCCAUCUGGAGGCUGGACUCGAACCACCGGCUGCAGGCGCCCUUCUCGCUGCGCAUCACCAACGAGUCCGGCAAGCAGCUGGUGGCCAGCAACGUCAUCCCGGCCAACUGGGUGCCCAACACCUACUACCGCUCCAUCGUCCAGUACUAGCAACCAAUGGCGAUCGUCUCUGCUGCUGCUGCUGGGCACGGCAAUGGAUACGAUGGUUCGGCAUCAUUAUUGGCUCGAUUAGCUUGGUACUGUAUCGUUUACAUGGGAUUGAUGUGCCUUAGUUAUUGAUUAAUUAGGUGGUGUUGUGUGCGUGAGUGUGCCGGAGAUUUGACGACUGGGAAAUGGAGGAUGGAGGCAAAGUUUGCAUGUGCUUUCCCGCCCAUUGUCAAUGCUUGUACCAGUGUGAUCAAGAUUAUAAAUUAUUAACAGUAUUUUGAAUGUUAUAUAGUAUAAGUA